AUGGCCUCAGAGGUUCCACCUUUACGCAUCCAGAAGGGCAGCAAUGGCGCCUCGCCGUCCAAGCUGCCCCGAGUAACGAAUCGCCCCUUGUCAGAGCUGAGUCCCAUGGCCAUUCGUCGAAACUCUCCGAGCUUUCCUCAAGUCAAGGCCAAGGUAUUCGGCAACGAGAAUUCGCCAGCAGGAUCGUCUCCGUUUUCGAACGCUUCACCCCGUCUGUUCUGGCAGGGACGAGAUCCCAACUCCCCUGCCAGAGAAAUCCGCGAUAGCCUAGAAGGCCUUCCUACCUCGACCUCGCCCAAGAAACGCUCGUCGAUUGAGAAUCUCAAAAAGGCCUCGCGGGUCAAGAACAGCAGUAUGUUCGCCAUCGAACAGAGCAACCGCUACGAUCCUUCUCGUCCGGCCAUUCUCGAUGGCCGUCCUCACAGCAUGCAAUUCUCCAGAACACAAUCGCCGUUUCGGGGUUCCGAUGUCAUUCGCAAAGAGAACGUCGUCCCAUCCGACCGAAACAGUUCCCCAAUGCAAGCACAUCAAAAGCCAGAGCCGAAGGAACCGUCCGCUAUGACAAAUACCGUGACUCCUCUUUCUCCGAGCAGGUUCAACACCUCGCCUGCCAAAUCAUCACUCUCGAAGAAGACCGGUGCAGCAUUCAGACGAAGUGGAUUCGAUCCCGAAACGGGCAUUUGGGAAGACGAAGAUGAUAUCCAAAACAGACAACUCCCCGAGGGUCGCGGGUUGCAUCGUCACCAGAAGAGUGUCACAUUUGACCAAGCUCCUCCGCAGGUCAACGAGUAUGAAGAGCCCACGCCGGCGCCAUCUUCCUGUGCUUCUGGCUCCCGAGAGGGCAGCUAUGAGUCGACUGAGGACGACGAUGAGGAUCAAGAGGCAGGCCUUGACCGAGGCUCCUCCAUUGACCAUGACGACAGCUUUGAUGCUUCUCUUGAAGAUGCAACCAAAACCCCUGUUGUGUUGCCUGAAGACUGGCGUUUCAUGAGCCCGGACAAUGCCAACACUGACUUGGCUCGAGGCGAGGAAGAUGUCUUUCAGGACGACUGUGGCAGCCCAGCCCCUACUGCUAUGCCCAGCGCAGGGGCCUAUCGACCUCAACAAUCUAGCACAGGUUCGGUUGACUCUGAAGGACGGUCUCGUCCUCUCCCACCACUUCCACCUUCGGGAACCCACCGUCAUUCGAGGACUGAGAGCUUAUCAGGCGCCUUCGAACGUAUGAGUGUCAAUCGUCGUUCUCUGCCCGCCCCACCGCCAAUGUCCCCAGGUACCUCUAAAGCUGAUAUCCUGAAAAUGGGGGCGUCGAGCUCGCUUUCAGCCGAGGACAGACUCCGAUUGAUGGCAAUUCAGGAACAGGAGCGGGAACGCCGUAUGAGAAGAAUGGACUCCAAAGAAACCAGCCCUGUCCGCGGUGGCAGUGCAGAGGACUCUUCAAUAGACCACGGCGAACCAGGUCCAGAGAUAUCUUCUGAUUCCAGAGAUUCGACACCACAGCUUUCCAGAGCAUCCAUUCUUUCAGGCCUGCGGGACCAAGAAAGUCGAGAAAGCAGCGAGGAGUUUGUUGAGGGCACGAACCACUCCAUGCCAUCGUCCUUUGACCCGGAUGUCCCAAUUCCAUCGCUGGAAGAUCCCACUCAGCCAGCAAUCAAGCAAGAAGAGGGUUUGGAAGAACCUGACCUCUAUUCUAUCCCGGACAUGUACAUUGGCCGGGAAGGGUCGGACUCAGAGACCAGUGCCAAUCAGGACGACGACCUCACGAGUCAAUACUCUCAAGCUUCUGUCGCGCCGUUGCCUCCGGCACCAUUGCAUCAAGGCCAAGAGACUCCAAGAGCCCAGACUCCUGUACAGGAGCAGAUUUUCAAACAGUCGGCUCCUGAACAUCGGGUAUCGCUGCCCGAGUUUCCUGACUUUGGAAAAGAGAGUAGCUUCGACAUGGGCUUUGGUCCGUAUCUGACAAAGAAAGAGGAAAAGGUUCAGCCUGUUGUUGCAACCACGCAUACAAUGGUGACGACGAGCGACCUUCCCGAUCUUGCAGCCUUGCGCCAGUCUAUUCAACGUUCUUACACCCCGGAUUUGCAUCCGAAGCGGUCUGAAAGCCCACUCAGAGUUGAGGUCGACAGAGCCACGGCGGGCACACCAGACUCCGUAGUUCGACAUACAAGUGUCUCUGGCUUUACCGACAACGUGGACACUAACAACCAUGACAAGGAAGCAGACUCGGAAAUUGAGAGUAGUGAGAGAUCAGUCUCUCCUUCUGACAGUGGUUCUGUGGUGGUGAAUGGACGUGAGAUUUCCCCAGUCUCCCCUAUCUCAGCCGAGUUCAACGAGAAACCGGAGGCCACCGAGGCUGGUUCUGCAGACGCCGCACCGGGUGACGAAAGCCAUGAUGCCCAGAACAAUGCUCUCCAGAUCGAACAGAAGCGAGUGAGCAGCUUGGUACAACUGGACAUCCCUCAUCAUGAACUGGAGGACAGUCUCGAAUUAGGCCUGGAAAAGGAGUUUGACCGCGUUGUGGAGGCCCAAAAGAGAGGUUACGUUAUGCGACAGAACACUAAGAUCGUCGUUGCAAGUGAACGUGUGCCCCAGGACGAAUGUGUAUCCCCCGCCCUGCCAAGCACCGAAGGCGAGGGAGUGUUAGCAGCCCCAACCCUGGAGGCAAACAAGGUUCAGCCAUCUCCUCGCAAGACAAGCCAACCCACCUGGAGUACUGAACCCUGGAAUGGUAAGGUCAGACGCAAGAGCAUUCGCGUGGGAGGCGAGAGGGCUCUUAGCAAGAGGAAACCCGUCGAAGGGCCUGUACCACCUCUCCCCGGACAAGCAAGCAAUGCUCAAGAGAGCCUGGAGUCAGUUGCGGAAGACGAGCUGGGAGAGGAGGAGGAUUGGGAGGACGGCAUGGAACGUGGUCGACUGUUCGUGAAAGUCGUCGGGGUCAAAGACUUGCAGAUGCCGUUUCCACAACAUGAACGUACCUACUUUGCUCUUACCCUCGACAACGGCCUGCACUGUGUAACUACUGCUUGGCUAGACCUCGCUCGAAGCGCACCUAUCGGACAAGAAUUUGAAUUGGUCGUCCUCAACGACUUGGAAUUCCAGCUCACGCUUCAGAUGAAAUUGGAGCCACCGAAAGUCGAACGACCUCAAUCUCCUUCGAAGCCGCCUCCCUCGCCCAAGAAGCAGGGAGCCUUUGGCAGACUGUUCGGAUCCCCCAAGAAGAAGAAGGAGUUGGAGAUGAGGGCCCAACAAGAAGCCCAAGCCGCCGUCAAAAGACCGGUGACGCCUCCGUCCGCAUAUGAACUGGUUCAAGGUCUGGUUGCCAAGGACGGCUCGUUUGCUCGAGCCUACGUUGCACUGAGCGAGCACGAGAAGCACGCGUACGGCAGACCAUACACGGUAGACAUUACCUGUUUCAAUGAAUGGGCUCUGGAAGAAGUGUAUGUGGGCAGUUCGAGAAGCAAGAAGGGGGUGACACAGCUGCGGCGACGUCCACCUUACGAGAUAGGCAAGCUUGAGCUGCAACUGCUGUAUGUGCCCAAGCCAAAAGGAGCCAAAGAUGAAGACAUGCCCAAGAGCAUGAAUGGUGCUAUUCGUGCACUUCGGGAAGCCGAGGAACGGAUGCAACAGCAAGCCAACAUCAAAAGCUUUGAAGGGUAUUUGAGCCAACAAGGAGGAGAUUGCCCAUACUGGCGACGACGAUUCUUCCGACUUGUCAGCACCAAACUGACCGCGUUCCAUGAAACAACCCUUCAACCACGGGCCACCAUUAACCUUGCCAAGGCCUCUCGUCUUAUUGACGACAAGUCCUCUCUCACGCAGAAAGAGACCUCCACCAAGGGCGGCGGUCGUCGAAAGAGUGGUUUUGCCGAGGAGGAAGAAGGCUACAUGUUUGUGGAGGAGGGAUUCCGAAUCCGCUUCGCCAAUGGGGAAGUUAUUGACUUCUACGCCGACUCGACGGCUGACAAAGAUGAGUGGAUGAAAGCACUCUCCCAGGUAGUCGGCAACAAUGUCCAAGGAAACUCCACUGCCGUCAAGGGAUGGGCCGAUAUGGUUCUCAAACGGGAGAAGAAAAUGAAAGCCGAAGCAUCCGGGGCACCAAAUCUACCACGGCCUGGGGUUGGACACAUGCGGACCGAGACGUACCAUGCCGGGACGGGCAGUGUUCAGACCAGCAGCCCGGUCAAGUCGAGAAGCGUGCAUGAGGCCUACCAUCGCAAGACGAGGAGUAUGCAUGCGUGA